AUGGCCACUGCUUCGGUCUCAACGCCUGUGAAGACCCAUACAGGGAUCUUCUCCUCCAAGACCGCUGGCGGACGUAUGCCACUGACGCCCUCGCCCAAUACACGAGUCACGCCCCGGGCAUCCGACGAAUCGUCCCCAUUCACUCCACAAAAAGGUGACGUGGGUUGUGAGAAGCCCAAGUCAGUUUACAGUGGUAACCUCACAUCAUACUUCGCCAAGUCGUCGAGCAACAAAACCACUUCCUCGAAGUCCACAGUCACCAAGUCUUCCUCUCUUGCUAAGCCGUCCAUCCCAAAGCCGUCCUUUGCGAAGGCUUCAUCGACAAAGCCUACAGCUACGAAAUCCACCGUCGCCAAGGCAUCUGUAGUCAAGUCUUCACGCAGUCAUCGGGAUUCUCCCAAGUCAAAUAUCGCGCGCACUCGUGUUUCUCCGAAGCAUCUGCAGCUGGGCGUCUCCGAUUGGUCUUUGACCGGUACCGGCCCUGCGUCAUCGACUGGACAAACGCCCGUCAAAGAGCGUCCGCGCCGAGAGGUGCCGACUCGAACCCGCCCAACCAAGACAACUGUUCGAAUUCCGCACAAUGCGGGCGAUCGUUUCAUCCCCAACCGUUCAGCAAGUGAAGGUCUGGUGACCAGCGGGACUGCCAAACCAGACGAUUCUCAUCGUCCUAAAACAAGUGGAAGCGAGGGCUCAACUGUUCUUGCCUCUGCAGCAAGCGCAUUUGAUAUCAGCGGGCGUGGAGUUGACGAUGAAUUGACAGCGGCGCUGGACAACCUGGGUCUCGAUGACAGCGAGCCAACAAACUACACCCGACCCGCACCCGAUGCCGUUGCCUACGAGUCAUCCUUGGCGGAUGCCUGCGGUGUCAGCCUGAAUACCCGCAUUCUUGCAUUCAAGCCCGCCCCCCCAGAAUCAUCUAAGCCUAUCGACCUUCGUGCUCAGUACAAUCGACCUCUACGGUCGGCCAAGUCGCAAGGUGCCCAAUUCCGACGACGAGUCCAGACCGCGCCCGAGCGUGUGUUGGAUGCUCCCGGUCUUUUGGAUGACUACUACCUGAAUUUGCUCGACUGGAGCUCGGGCAACCAGGUUGCCAUUGGCCUCGAGCGCAAUGUUUAUGUCUGGUCGGCUGAAUCUGGUACCGUCAGCUGCCUUCUAGAGUCUGCACCUGAUACUUACAUCAGCAGUGUCAAGUGGAGUGGUGACGGCGCCUACGUGGGAGUUGGACUGGGAACUGGCGAGGUCCAGAUCUGGGAUGUUGAAGAGGGCACCAAACUGCGCAGCAUGUACGGCCAUGAUUCGCGCGUGGGUGUGAUGGGCUGGUCCAAGCAUCUGCUGUCUACCGGUGCACGAAGUGGUCUCGUGUUCAACCAUGAUGUUCGUAUUGCCGAGCACAAGGUCGCCGAAUUGGUUUCUCAUACUUCUGAAGUCUGUGGUUUGGAGUGGCGCUCCGAUGGCGCUCAGCUUGCGACAGGCGGCAACGACAACUUGGUCAACAUUUGGGAUGCGCGCUCUCUCAGUGCUCCCAAGUUCACCAAGACCAACCACCGCGCUGCUGUCAAGGCGUUGAGUUGGUGCCCAUGGCAGUUGAACCUGCUCGCCACUGGCGGUGGCUCUUAUGACCGUCACAUCCACUUCUGGAACACCACCACCGGUGCUCGCACAAACAGCAUUGAUACAGGAUCUCAGGUCACCAGUUUGCGCUGGAGCAACCACUAUCGUGAGAUUGUUAGCUCCAGUGGAUUCCCCGACAACUCCCUCAGCAUCUGGAGCUAUCCUACCCUGGUGCGGAAUGUCGAGAUCCCCGCUCACGAGACUCGUGUCCUUCACAGCAGCCUCAGCCCGGACGGCCAGAUGCUGGCUACCGCAGCUGCCGACGAGAGCCUGAAGUUCUGGAAGGUCUUUGAGCGCAAGCCCGGUAGCAGCGCGUCGGCGUCUCGUGAGGGUGGUGUCGGUGGCAAGGCCCAGUUGACCAAAUCAAUGACUAUCCGUUGA